UAUAGUAUCUGCUUGGGUUGACUACUGUCAUCCGGGAAUAAAAGAUUUACGUCUUUAGUAUGAUCAGUGCAAUUUUUAACUUUAUUGAUAUCACUUUUGUUAAACAGAUUUUGAGUAAACCAUUUUUUAAUCAUGUUCGAACCAACGGAAGUAGGAAAGGAUCUCUGCAUACAUACGGGGGUUGUUCUAAGAGGUGCAAACAUCAGGGAGGAUGAAGUACACAGCCUGGGCACUUUGAACAUCGUAGAAUAUAGCUUUGGGAAAUGCAUCGAAUGGAAGCCCAUCGAGGUCUCAUUCGUCUCAGAGCAUCAGGAUCAAGAUCCCGAAUGGUCGGUAGUAGAGUCUCACACACGUCGAACACGUACAUCCUCCUGUGAAGGAUCUGAUUGUCUCGGAGGGCGUCCUAAAACAGUCCGCAUACCCUUCUCAGACUUAAAAUCAUUUCGCAUUAAUCACGGUGGUCAACAAUUAAUAUUUAUGCAACGAGAUGGAACAACAUACGUUGCAUUUUUUCAACUGUCAAAUGCCGAAAGUUUUGUCAAUUCGUUGAGGGGUUUCGUCAAAUUUGUCAAAUCAAAAACAGAUAAAAAUCUUUACCUCGUAUUAGACGAGUACACAACAGUGUUGAACAAAUCAUUUGCUGAAUUGGAUCUCUUCCCAGAGAAUACGUCUGAUUAUGUCUGGAAAUUCGUGAAAAAUUUGCACAAUCGUCCUUACGAAACAACACUGGAGGCAUUCAGCAAAUUGGCGGACAUUUGGAUUUAUAAAGAACCUGUCAAACAACCGGUGGAGGAAGCUGUUGCUGAUCUACUGAACAGAUCUCUGACAACUGAAUUGAGGGGUGAACAUCCACUGAGUUCAGCAGGCUCGAAUGGUGAAGAGUACGAAGUUAUAAGUGAAUUGGAUCAGAAAUUCAUACUUCCACCCAGGCCUACUUGUCCUCGUGGUGCUCCUCUCUCUCAAGAACAAUGGGACAGAUGCAAAGAUGCAGAAGGAAAAGUUACAAAUCCCAUAACUAUUAAAGAGAUUAUAUUUCGAGGAGGUAUCAUUCCUUCUCUGAGAUACGAAGUCUGGAAAUUUCUUUUGAAUUAUUAUCCCUGGAAUUCAACAUUAGCUGAAAGAAGUGAACUACGAAACGCUAAAACUGAUGAAUAUUACAGAAUGAAGCUACAGUGGAAGUCGAUGUCAGUGGAUCAGGAGAACAGAUUUUCUGAUUACAGAGACAGAAAGAGUCUGAUCGAAAAGGAUGUCAAUAGAACUGAUAGAACACAUCCUUAUUAUUCUGGCGAUAACAACGCCCACUUGGGACAACUUUAUGACAUUCUCAUGACAUAUGUAAUGUAUAAUUUUGAUCUUGGAUAUGUUCAAGGAAUGAGUGAUCUCCUCAGUCCUAUUUUAUGCCUAAUGGAUAAUGAAGUCGAUGCGUUCUGGAGUUUCGUUGGAUUCAUGGAGAAAGUGAGUUCUAAUUUUGAGAUCGAUCAGGCUGGUAUGAAGGCACAAUUGUGCCAAUUACACACUCUACUGAAUGUCACUGAGCCCCAGCUUGCACAGUAUCUUGGUAAACAUGAAUCCGGAAAUAUGUUUUUCUGUUUUCGAUGGCUCUUGGUAUUGUUCAAGAGAGAAUUCAAUGCAAUCGAUAUCAUCAAACUAUGGGAGGUCCUCUGGACCGAUUUACCGUGCAAGAAUUUUCAUUUACUCAUGUGUGCUGCUAUUCUUGAUACUGAGAAGAGUGCAUUGAUGGAAAAUCGGUAUGGAUUCACGGAAAUAUUGAAGCACAUUAACGAUCUGUCACUUCACAUCGAACUCCCCUGGGCUUUAUCGAAGGCCGAAGGAAUUUAUCAUCAACUGAUGGCAGUCGAAGCCAAUUUACCGGAUAAUGUUCGUACUAUCAUUGGUCUCACACCGAUUCAUACUUCACCAUUGAGCAAUUAUUCAGAGGAGGAAGAGGAGGGUCAGAAUGAAGCACGUUCAUCUCGAAAUGAUUCAAGAAGGCUGAGCGAUGACAGUGGAAAUAUCAAACUCGGUAAUGACGAAGUUUCUUUUGAACGUUCCUUGAAUGUCUCUUACUUGUAAAAUGGUUUUCAUUUGCUUUAUUUUAUUCUUUCAAUUCAAUUCACACGAUGUAGUAAAAUGAAGUAGUCAUGUUCGACGUUAACUGAUAAGUCACAAUGAAAAAAUCUUUUUUCGUACUGUCAUUGAUUGAUUGUUAGACAGUUAUUUCGGAAAUCAAAGGAUUGAGAAAAAUGUAAACCCAAUUGACAAUGGUAUUUCAUUCGUACUAUUUACGAGUCAUUUAAUUGGCAAAUUAUUUUUUCUUCACGUUAAAAAUUCUAUCUUAAACACUCUAUUCACAAAGUAUUUUCCAUGUUUUUCUCUCGCCUUUUAUAGAUUUGUAAAGAGUGUUAUUAUACCUGUGUAUAUAUUUCUAAUAAAAAAAGAAUCAGGAAAUACUAAAAA